AUGUACAAGGCCGUCAUCCUGCCGACGCUACUGUAUGGAGCGGAGAAUUGGACGGUGUACGCAAAGCAGGCACGUCGUCUGAACCACUUCCACCUCAGUUGUCUUCGUCGCAUCCUGAUGCUGAACUGGCAGGAUCGAAUACCCGACACUGAUGUGCUGGAACGGACGGGAAUCCUCAGCAUCUACGCCAUACUGAGGCAAAUUCAGCUGCGCUGGAGCGGCCACCUUGUGCGCAUGGAGGACGAGCGACUACCCAAACGACUCUUCUACGGAGACGUCGCGACGGGUUCUCGCCGUCAAGGAGGCCAGAUUCGCCGUUACAAGGAUACCCUGAAGUCCUCCCUGAAAUGCCUGCAAAUCAACCCCACCAACUGGGAGGAGCUCGCACUCGAUCGACCGACCUGGAGGAGGACAGUGAAGACAGGCGCUGCGAUCUACGAAGCCAACCGCAUCGCUGCCGCCAAAGCGAAACGUGAAGCCCGCAAAUCACAACUUCGCCCAGUAAGCACAACCGCUCCCAACGUGUCCUCGAUGUCAACGGACAUUCCGGGCUCGAAUCGGACUUGUUGGACAUCUUCGGAUUAACUGCGCCUCUCGAACGGCACCAACCAUCGUCCCCCCGCCUGCCUCUUCCUCCUCCUCUCCGCCGCCAACUAACCCUGACAAUUCUUCUGACCCACCACUUCCAUCAUCCUCCUCCUCCUCCUCCUCCUCGCCCACUGCUCCAACGGCGGCCGCUCAGGCGACUGUCCCACGCACAGCAACCGACACUACCACCACCUCCCCCGACUCCAGGGAUGAGGAUCAGGACUACACCUGCCCUCUCUGCGACCGUACCUUCACCUCACACAUCGGCCUGGUCGGUCACUUGCGAAUCCAUCGCACAGAGACUGGCGAACCAGUGCCUGGAGCACCAACCUACACCCACCGCACUCGCCUCCACUGCCCACACUGCCCUCGCACCUUCAGGCAUCGCAUGGGCCUUUUCGGCCACAUGCGCAUCCACGAGAGCGGCCUUGCCCGCACUCCCGACACACCCACCACAUCCAACACAUCCACCGUGCACACCCCCACUCUCGUUCCAUCCGUCCGCGACACCACCACCACCACCGCCUCCUCUGUAGCUGACACUGACACCGUAGACUUCUCAUGCCCACACUGUCCACGCACAUUCACCUCACGCAUCGGCCUGGUCGGUCACUUGCGAAUCCAUCGCACAGAGACUGGCGAACCAGUGCCUGGAGCACCCACCUAUACCCACCAAGCUCGUCUCAACUGCCCACACUGUCCUCGCACAUUCAGGCAUCGCAUAAGCCUAUUCGGCCACAUGCGCAUCCACGACGACCUGCGGUAG